CGUUCACGUCUCCAUAAUAACCGCCACGUUUUGUUGAGUUUUAUUAUAAAAAAAAGCGUAUUAAUCAUUAAAUCUAGCAAUGACGGCUCAAUCGAUGUUGGAUACUUUUACGCUAGAUGAAGAAAUUGACGAGUGGAUCAUGGGGGACGACAGUGUUGAAAUUAAGGGAUUUGUCGAUUCCAUCGAGGGGACAAAAAUGGUCACACCCUCAACGGGAUUGUCCAAGCAACAAGUUGCUCUCUACAAAAUUGUAAUUAAUAAUGGCGCGACUAAGCGUGUCCGUGUUCUUUUCUGGGGGACUGUGGCAGACCAAUACUCAUCUAAAAUAAUUGAUCGUACCGUAAUAACUAUAAUUCGUGCCAAAACUGUGAAGCCUAAUCCCAGAUACAUAAAUCCGCAAGAUAAUCUUUUUGCACUGGAAUUAACGGUUUUGCCAUCAACUAAAAUAAUCAUUGACGAAAAUACAUUCAAAGAUCUUACUGUUCCGCACGAAAUUCGUACUGUCGACAUGGACGACUUGGAAGGACUGGAGGAGAUUGUCAAUGUUUGUGGUUAUCUUAAGCAACAAUUUUCAUCGGUGACAAUGUUUGGUUCAACUUAUGGAGGAGGAGUAUUAGCCAGCGGAAAAACCAGAUUGCCGAUUAAAAUUUCAAAUUAUACGAAGACCGCAUGCUUCCUUCUAGGUUCACAUUUGCAAAUGGUGGGCAAAGUUGUUACUCCAUUAAAUGGUCCAACUCAUUUGUUAGUUGCCUCUGUUGAUGAUAUUAAUGUGGUUAGAGAUUCCGCGAUUCUGACUCCGGACAAAAUGCGCCCAUUAGGAGUUCGACCUCCAAAAAGGAAAUCCGAAGAAGUCUUCGACCAUCGAGAUUCAAAGAAGUAAAUCGGUAGAUAAUAUAAGUGAUUGCUUCUGUGAUCUACAUUUGCAUGCAGGGUAAUAAGCCGUACAAAAUUGAUCAGUUAUUAUUUAUUUUUUUUCAUUUAAAUAAAAAACUA